AUGAAGGGACUACUGCUUGUGCUGGCCCUGCUGGUGACCAGAGAGCUGAUCUUUGAGAUGCCCGAAGCCUGCCCUAUGUUUAGUGCAGCAUUUAGCUCGAUGGCCCUUGGAAGCAAAACAUUGUUGAACUCAACUCUCAGUUUGGUCGAUGCUACUGAUGGAGAAAAUGAAGCUAUAGGAAGAAUCCAGGAUUGCUUCAAUGAGGCGGGAUUUGAUGACAAACUGUUGAAUAUAAAAAGCAUGAUUUCCGUCAUCUUGAGUGAGGAUUGCAGUGACUAUGUAUUGUCCUCGGUGGUGGAUACUGUUUUAGGAUUAAUUCUCAGUGUGACGUCUCUGGUGAGAUAA